UCAGCCUGCAAGCUGAGAUGACCACCUUUGCAUGCAAAAAAUGAGCUACAAUCUCUUCCUCCUGGCUUUUGUCCUGGGCAUUGGUGGAACUUUCCAGUAUGGGUUGCAGAUCUCCAUUAUCAACUCUCCUGCCGAGUACAUCAAGAGUUUCAUACGUGAGACCUGGCUGAAGAGAUACGGAUCUUCUCCCAGUGAAGAGAUAACUACUUUGAUGUGGUCCUUUAUUGUGUCCAUUUACACCAUUGGUGGGCUCCUGGGCUCCAUGUGUGUCAAAUACAUGUCUGUUACAUUUGGAAGGAAGAAGUCCAUGCUGCUUGCCAACAUCCCUGCUCUGUUGAGUGCAACUCUCAUGGCACUCAGUCGGCUGUCUGGGUCCUUUGAGAUGAUCAUCAUUGGGAGAUUAUUUGCUGGAGUGUGUGCAGGUUUAGGUCUGAAUAUCCAUAUCAUGUAUGUGGGGGAGUGUGCCCCACAGAAGCUGCGUGGGGUGAUUGCCAUAACUGCUUCCACUGCCAUUGCCGUGGGAAAGUUUGCAGGAUUUGCUCUGGGUCUCAGAGAAGUUCUGGGAGUAGAAGCUCUGUGGCCCGUUCUUAUGGCAGCAAAUGCAAUUCCUGCCCUCAUUCAGCUGCUCACCCUCCCCUUCUUCCCAGACUCUCCCCGCUACCUGCUCAUUGACAAAAAGGACAAGGAAGGCUGCAUCAAAGCUGUGAAGCAGCUCUGGGGGGAUGGUGACCACAUGGCCGAAGUGGAUGACAUGAUUGCAGAGCAAGAAGCCAUCCGUGGGGAGAAAUCUAAGAGUGUUUGUGACCUUGUUCGUGACAAAUCCGUCCGUUGGCAGUUCAUCACUCUCUUUCUUGUCUCCUCAUGCAUGCAGUUAAUUGGAGUCAAUGUGGUUUACUUUUAUGCAUACAAUGUCUUCUUAAAAGUUGGACUCUCCCCUUCCCAAACCCGCUACGUCUCCCUGGGAGUUGGGAUCACCGAGAUCCUCACCACAGCUCUGUGUGGCUUCCUGGUGGACCGUGCUGGGAGGAAGGCACUGCUAUGGAAAUCCCACACUGCUAUGGCCUUGGCGUUAGGACUUCUCACCAUCACACUUGCUCUACAGGAUUCUUUCUCCUGGAUACCAUAUUGCUCUGCUGCACUCAUUUUUAUCUUCAUCAUGAGCUUCGGUCUUGGGCCAGCUGGAGUAUUAUGCCCCCUGCCCACAGAAAUAUUUAUUCAGUCAUACAGACCAGCUGCUUAUGCUUUUAAUGGUGCUUCAAACUGGAUUCAGCUCUUCUUUCUUGGACUUUUGUUCCCUUUCAUUGUGGAAGGCCUUGGUAGUUUUUGUUUCAUCAUUUUCCUGGCAUACUGUCUGUCCAUGGCUAUCUUUGUCUACCUGGUAGUGCCAGAGACCAAAGGAAAGACCAUGCUGCAGAUCAUGGAGGAGUUCAACCGCCUGAACUACCGAGGAAAGAAGGGACAGGAAGCCCUACAGCAGAAUAACUGCUCAUUGACAACUGUUACUAGACUUUAGUAACAAACUCUCCACUCCAUAUUCUGUUAUUUUAUUACUGUUGUGACCAGAAGCCUCACUAAACAAAAGAGAUUCUAUUGCUCCUAGACAGUACAAAUGUGUAUUAAAAGUAGUGGCCUGCUGUGCAGGAUGAACUUGGUGGUUCCCUCCAACUGCCGAAAUAUGAACUGAAUUAAAUGCUCAGCACAAAAGGAAGGAAGGAAGGAAGGAAGGAAGG